AACUACCCACCAUUGAAAUUCCGCUCAUCUUUCUUUUCUUCCCUUUAAAGAAAGUUUCACUUAUGUCCCAGCAAUAAGCACACACAAGCAGUAAAUCAGCCAACCCAAAGAAGAAACCAUUUCAGGGAGACAUCCAUAGCCAGUUACAGUCGCCAGAGAGCUCCGAGCACAAAAUGCUAAAGCUCCUAACUUUCCUCCAUAUCCUGUCCCUCUACCUCUUUCUCCUCCAACCCAGUUCCCCAUUCUGCAAUGGGUUCCCAGAUUCGGUAGUUGAAAGCGGUGAGCUCCACGGCGGCGGCGUUGUUGGCGGUGGCUUAUAUGAAGAAGAGGCGGAGAUGGAGUCGGAGAUCAGCAGGAGGCUGAUGCUAAUGCAGAGGAAGUACAUAAGCUACGCGACGCUGAAGAGGGACAUGGUCCCUUGCGACAACCCAGGUGCUUCCUACUACGAUUGUCACCCUCGUGCCGCCAACACAUACAACCGGGGUUGUGAAGUCAUUGCCAGGUGUAGAGGAUUCUGGGAUGGUUUUGCGGAAUAUGGUUUGCAAUUUCCUGGUUUCGUGUUCCCGUCAGCAGGCCUGUGAUUCUGCAUUCUUGUGUAUCAAUUCAAUCAUCGGCUAACGGUCAACACGGCAUGACUUUUUGGGAUGAAACUAAAGGGCCUUGGUGUAGUUUCACUAAUCUGGAAGUGCGACUCUGAAAAGAUUCCUCCUUUUCUUUUAUGAAGCCCCUGCUACGAUUGAAAUCUAUGAUCUAAGGUAUGGGUGUUACCCAAAGUGGAACUGUGUUUUCUUUAAAAAGAAAUUUCCCCUUUCAUCAAUCUCUAGUCUGGAUUCUGGACACAAAGUGCUGUUUUGCUACUUCCAGUUGGGGCAUGCUAGGAAAUGGAGUCUGUAUUGCCUCGUCUUUAAAGGGUAGCAUCAGGCAAUUUCAGAGGUGGUUGGGUUGGAAAAUUCUUCCUCGACGUCUACGGCUGAGUUUGGCCACAAAAUGGAUGGGCUGUGGAGCGGAUUGGAGUCCCUCGGUAGAAGGGUGGGUUGCUUUGAUUUCUUCCUCUGCCUAAUCAAACCUGCAGAGAUGAAAAAGUGAACCAUGCCGUUCUGUGCAUCUUUUUCACCGUCGAACAUAAACGGAAGGCCAGUUGGCUCUUUGUUAGAAACCUUGUUUCUAACGUGAUUGGGAAUUGGGAAAUUAGUUAGAUCAAUUAGGGAUUGAUCUAGCUAGGGAUUGGGAUUUGGGAUAGUUGAGAACAAGAGAGAGGGAAUGAGCUGCUGUUGGCGCAGCGCGGGUGAGAGGGGAAGGAGAGAGAGUUUAAGUUUAGGAAUUUUUAUUAACGGUAGCCUAAUGAAAAUAAUGCCCUAGC